GAGCGAGCGGCAAUCUGUGUACAUAUAGAUGUCUCUCUCUCUCUCUCCAUAUGUGACGCGGCCAUAUUUGCGGCGUGCGCUCGUCUCCGGCAGUAAACAAGCCCCAAAGUCUCGGGCAAGACAGACGGAGCGGCGGCGGACAGGCGGACGGAGCCCGAGGGAGCCGCGCCGAGGAAUUUCAGGACAUUUCGCCGCCGAUGUCGCUGCUGCUGCUCGGCAUGUCUUACAAGCCAAACUUGACCGCGCACAUCGCGGCAGCGGCGCCCAUCAGCCAAGCUGGGAACGUCCACUCUCCUUCCACAAGCAUGGCAGGCUCAGGGCAAUACAGACAGCUUAUAAAUGACUACGGACCCCCAUCUCUAGGUUACACACAAGGAGUGCAGGGAACGAGUAGCAGUCAAGUACCACAGAGCAAGUAUGCAGAACUCUUGGCCAUCAUAGAAGAAUUAGGAAAAGAAAUCAGGCCUACAUAUGCGGGAAGUAAAAGUGCCAUGGAAAGGUUAAAACGAGGUAUCAUUCACGCCAGAGGACUAGUUCGAGAGUGUUUGGCAGAGACUGAGCGCAAUGCAAGAUCCUAGCAUCUCUUCCCAUGGCUGCAAGAUUUUUCCACUUCUUAUGAAAAAGGGACACCAGUUCCUUUGGAGACUACAGAAGGCAUUCAGAGAGAUCCCUUAAUUUGACUCUACCACUCCCCCCCCCCACUGCCAUUUCCAAGAAUGUGGGCCGCAAUCCAAAGUAGCACUUGGGAGGCAGCCAAGGGCUUGUGUGCCCAGUGGAAAGUUUGAAUCCCCCCAACAAAUACAUCCAAAAGCAGCUCACCAUCCAGCAUGGGGGUCAUUGGUUUGAGAAAGUCCAAAGGUCCCCUUGGGUGGAUAAAACAUGUGCUGUCUUUUUUUUCUUCUGGAUCCUGGCCAUAGUCAAGAAGAUUAUCCUCCUUCUCAUUUAAAGUGGAGUUUGCAGUAUUUCAUUUAAGUUGAGGCAUUAGUUGAAAUUUUUUAUUUAAAAACAACUGCAUUCCUCUCUCUUAAUUCUCUGUUCUGUCUCAGGUUGCUUCUUCAACUAACAGUGUUCCCCAUAUCCAGUGGUUUUCAAACUGCAUUCUAGGAAAGGUCUACGGCUCCUUAGCUUUCUAGGGACUUCUCAGUAACAAUAUCAGUAAUGUUGGACACGCUCCCCUGAAAAGGGAGCUCCUCUGCUGCUGCCAGUAUUCCUGUGUAAUGUAAAAGGGGCACUGGUUAUGUUCUAGGUUGCAAGGUACGGUCAUGUGGGGCAUUGGCAAAGCUAAGCAGCUCCAGACAUCACACCCCAUGGAUUGGGUGUACGCAUCCCAGAGUCCUCUGCAGUGCAGCAGACUUACUAUGGCAAACACUCAGCCUUUGCAGAACAGCAGAGGAGUAAAGGGCUGCUUGAAAGCAAAAUUUGAAAACAGCCGCCUUAAUCCUCAAGCAUUCAUUUGGCUUCACCACUAAACCAUUUCUUACCAGACUCCUUUAAUUUUGAGUACAGAUAUUGCUUCUUGUUUUACCAGCUGACAGCCUAAUUUCUAAUUUGGUGCACGCACCAUAAAUUUUGUUCAAACAUUAUCCCCGCUCCCCACCAUUUUGCAUGAUUGUUAGUGUUUCCAUUAAAAGUGCAUGAGUUCUACAAAAAGACUAUUCUAACCUGUCACAGGCCCCAAAAGCAACUCUAUUCCCCCAGAUUUAAAUUGUAACUUUGCCAAAAAAAAAAAAUUCCAAAUAAGUGACUAAAACUGUUAUUUGCAUCUUUGUAUGUAUUUAUUACUUGACGUAAUAAAGCUUAUUUUCAUUAA